AUCUACUUCUUAUGUGGAGUAAACAAAAGGGUUUCAGUGUAUGAAUCUCCAAGAGUUUGGAAACCCACGUGCUUUGCUAAUGGACGCCUUAGUCAGUGAAGAGUCCAUGCUCAUUGACGAGUUUGAGUAGAAUAUUGGUGAAUCAUGCUCUGAAAUUCCUUACUGUUGAUUCACACUCGAAAGCAGAAGAAGUUGUCUUGCAAAGAGAACCUUGACUAUGGGAGCAACAAGAUAGAUUGGUUAUUUCUCGACUAGUGUUUGAAAUAGAUCGCAUCCCACUUGAACUUGGAAGAGUUCGACCAGAACACACCUGCAAUUUCGACACCAUGGAAUCGGACGCAAGCAAGUGUAGAGACCACACCAUGCCCGGCGAUGGCGACUCUUUGAACUGGGCUUGCGCUGCAGAGGCAAUGAAAUGUUGUCAUCUUGACGAGGUGAAGAGUUACAUGAAAACGUAUUACAAAUCUGCCCAAAUUGUCGUUGAGGGCAAGGAUUUAACCGUAGCGCAUGUUGCAGCCAUCGCCCGCCGACCCGAGGUCCUCUUCAAGAUGAACUCCAAGGUUGCGAAGAGCAAAGUGGACGAAUGCUGUGACUGGCUGGACCGAAAGAUAGAAGAGGGAAGAAGCAUCCCUGGUGUGACCACCGGUUUCGGUGCAGCCUCUGCUCAGCGUACCAAUCAAACCAGGGAGCUUCAAGAGGAACUAAUAAGGUUCUUGAAUGCGGGAGUAAUUGAAGAGGGCAACAAGCUCGCAGUGAGCACGACGCGGGCGGCCAUCCUUGUUCGCAUCAACACCCUCAUGCAGGGGUACUCUGGCAUUCGAUGGGAGACUCUCGAAGCGAUGGGCAAGCUCCUCAAUUCCCAUGUCACUCCAGAGCUGCCGCUUCGCGGCACCAUCACAGCCUCCGGAGAUCUCAUGCCCUUGUCCUACAUCGCUGGUCUGCUCAUAGCGCGCCCCAACUCCAAGGCCGUGACGAAAGAGGAAAAGACAAUCUCUGCGGUGGAAGCUCUGAAGCUGGCAGGGAUUGACAAGCCACUGGAGUUAGAGCCCAAGGAGGGCUUGGCCCUGGUGAAUGGCACUACAGUAGGAUCUGCCUUGGCAUCCACCGUCUGCUUCGACGCCAACAUUCUUGUAGUUAUGGCAGAGGUGCUCUCUGCACUUUUCAGUGAAGUGAUGCUUGGAAAGUUAGAAUACACAGACCCUCUUACUCACAAGCUCAAGCAUCACCCAGGCCAAAUGGAGGCAGCAUCAAUAAUGAAAUGGGUUCUUGACGGGAGCUCAUACAUGAAGACGGCCGCCAAAUUUCACGCACCCGAUCCGUUGAAGAAGCCCAAACACGAUCGUUAUGCUCUUCGCACUUCACCCCAAUGGCUUGGCCCUCAGGUGGAAGUAAUUCGCAAUGCGACUCAUUCCAUUCAGAGGGAGAUAAAUUCCGUGAAUGACAAUCCGCUAAUUGAUAUGGCAGAAGAUAGAGCAAUCAGUGGGGGCAAUUUCCAGGGCACUCCAAUUGGGGUGUCCAUGGACAACCUGCGUCUCGCCAUCGCUGCCAUCGGCAAGCUAAUGUUUGCCCAGAACUCUGAGCUUGUCAACGAGUACUACAACGCCGGGCUCCCAUCUAACCUAAGCGGCGGACCGAACCCCAGCCUUGACUACGGUCUCAAGGGCGCUGAAAUCGCGAUGGCCUCGUAUCUCUCUGAGCUAAACCACUUAGCGAAUCCGGUCACCACCCAUGUCCAAAGUGCUGAGGGUCACAAUCAGGACGUGAACUCUCUUGGAUUCAUAUCCGCGCGCAAGACCGAGGAAGCGAUAGUGGUCCUGAAGCUUAUGAGCGCCACGUAUCUGCUUGGCCUUUGCCAGGCCAUUGAUCUUCGGCAUCUGGAAGAGACAUUGCAUGAAACCGUGAAAAAUAUUGUGAGACAAGUAGCAAGGAAGAACUUGCUCGAUUAUCCGGCUAGCGUCCCUCAGCUCCUUGAAACCGAUCUGCUACGAGUUGUAGAGCAUCAGCCUGUCUUCACCUACAUCGACAAUCCUUCCAGCCAAGCCUACCCUCUCAUGGAAAAGCUUCGAUUGAUGUUACUUCACCAUGCGCUACCAAACUCCGAAAGUGAUGACUCAGUAGGGACAUCUCUGUUUCGAAAGAUAGCCUGCUUCGAAAAAGAGCUGACAACAAGGUUGACGUCGGAGGUUCCGCUUGCUCGAGAAGCUUAUUACAUGGGCGAAAGCAACGUUCAAAAUAGGAUCGAGGAGUGCAGAACAUACCCACUCUACCGUUUCGUCCGCUCUGAUCUUGACACCCAAUUACUCUCUGGACACAGAACGGUAACUCCUGGCGAAGACAUUGCAAAAGUGUACAGGGCCAUUUGUAGCGGUAAACAUGUAGAUCCUCUGCUCCAGUGUUUAGACGGAUGGACCUCUUCCCCUACCUCUCGUAUUAAAUAGUCCGGCAUGCCUAGGUGAAUUUUCAAUCUUGACAGUGGCAUGGAAGAAAGUCCGGAAAAAUAUAGUAUUCAUGAAUGAGCUGUGUGCGAUGCACAGAACCAGACUUCAUAACCAAUCACCAUGACCAGAAUUAAAAGGAGUGAUGAAAUAUCUGAAUAGAUUUCCAUCAGGAUUAAGCCUAGGCACUGUACAAACUCAGCGUGUUGGAGAUAUCCAUGAUUGAUUUGAAUGUUGAAGGUCACGUUGACAA